AUGCAGUCAGUGUGGAUAUUAUGUAUCUGUGUAGGUGUAUGUGUAGGAGCUUUGGUAGUGGAAGCAGAUUCUCCAAAUACACUGGGAAAGUCUACUGAGAAUGGGACAAGCACUAACAUUUCAAACACUCCAGAAGUGACAACAGCAGUGGAACAUUCAAGGGAGAAGAGGGCAGCCGAGAAACCAAAAAGAGGCCCAGUUAGGGACACACAGCAGCCAGCUCUGGGGCGAACGUUAGCAGCGUGGGUGGAGCUAAAUUCCAUCUUGAAAAUGAGAGAUGGAAUUUCAGGUAAACUGAGCACUGUACUGCAUGAGCUCGGUAAUGAAAAGAACCGCCUUCUUGGCCAGGUUAAUGAGCCAGCGACAAAGAAAACGGAAGAAGAUGAGGAAGAGGAGGAGGAUGAAGAAGAUGAUGAAACGGAAGAAGAAGAAGGAGAAGAAGAAGAAGGAGAAGAAGAAGGGGGAGAAGGAGGGGAAGAAGGUGGGGAAGAAGGAGGAGAAGGAGGUGAAGAAGAGGGAAAUGAAGAAGGGGAGGAAGAACAGGUUGAGGAAGAGGAGAAUGAGGCAGCCGGUAACAGUACUGCAGAAUUGCUACCAGAGGGUUGUCAAGUGAAUGAAACUGAGGUUUCCUGUGCAAACGCUGGCAUUGCUGAAGUUCCCAUCAUCACUGACCUCAACAUCACUACACUUGACUUAUCUGGAAACAACUUCACCACAAUACCUUCUGAUGCUUUCUCUGGACUGCCCAACCUGGAAGUGGUCGAUUUGAGCAUGAACUUUCUGGAUGAUUCCUCUAUCAGCCCUGACUUAUUCAUGAAUCUGACAAACCUAAAAACGCUGACUCUUGAUGGCAAUGGUCUGGAAACAAUCCCACAUCUGCCAAGAUCUCUGGAGGAGCUGAGAAUCAAUGAAAACAAGAUAAGCCAAGUGCUUUCCCACAACUGUGAAGGUUUGUCCAACUUGCUCAACUUAGAGCUGGCAGGAAACGUCCUGUGGGAGGGCAGUGUUGAGCCCUUGGCCUUCCAACACCUCACCAUGCUCAAGCACUUGAGACUAGACAACAACCGAUUCACCUCCAUUCCAUCUGGACUGCCUCCAUCUCUGGAGGAUUUGAGGAUGCCACACAAUCAACUAGUGGAGGUGCAGGAAAGUGUUCUGAAUAACUCCGUCCACUUGACAGCCUUGGAUCUGAGUCACAACCUCCUGGGUGACACCAGUUUCUACCCUGGAGCCUGGAUUAACCUUCCGAAGCUGGAGACUCUGGACCUGUCUAACAACCAGCUGUACAUGGUACCUGCUCACCUGCCCAGAGUUUUGCGCCAGCUCUCCCUGCAGCACAACUACAUCCGUUCCAUCCCUCCCGACACUCUGAGCCAUAUGCGGCCGGGCCUCCGAUCACUUCGCCUGUCUCACAACGAGCUACCGGAGCAGGGGCUGCUAGGGAAGGCCUUCCGUGGAGCUUACAAAACUUUGGAGGAGCUCCACCUGGACAACAACAGGUUGGAGAGGGUCCCACCAAAUGUUCGUUACUUCAGGAACUUGCAUCAACUGCGGCUGGAUCACAAUCUUAUCCGUGCCGUUCCAGCGAAGUCUGUGUGUAAAAUCAGCCUCAUUAAGUCUUCUCCCUUGUUGGCUCUGCACCUGGAGAAUAACUACAUCGACGUGAACAGGAUCCCACGCAAGGCUCUGUCUUGCAUCCCUGACCUUCAGAGGGUCAUACUGGAGCCGCAGACUCAUAAUCAGAUUGUGUAA